AUGCUCCCGCUGUGGAAGGCCGUUCUCUCGGAGAGUGUCCUGGGCUACAUUUCUUGGUCUCUUUACCAUGCACUACCACCAAUGAUCUACUACUUCCCUCUUCAGACACUGGCGCUCACAGGCAUAGAAGUUUUUGCUGUUGCCUUCUUUUCCCCGAUAUUCUUGACAAUUGGCCCCUUUUGGAGGUUGGCUAACAAUGAGUAUGUCCUAGCCUUUCUGAGACUGACUAUGGUUGGAAGCUUAGCAUCAUACCAUGCACCAAAUGCUUCAAUUAGACUGCUCAUCUUGGCUGCUGGUGUUUCUUCUUCAUUGCUGGUUCAAACAGUAACAUGGUGGUCAGGAAACAGUUUACAAAGGUUCAUCAGGAUAUGGGGCUUCAUGCUAGGCAAGAUAAUGCUCCUUGUUCUUCGUAUCUGGUACACAUCUCUUAAUCCAGUCUGGAGCUCACAAGCUGCCAAUGCUGUCAUACUGACAAUUGGUUUCAUAGCAGCAGUGGAGCAAAUCCGUUCAGGUGGAGACAAGAGGAAACAAGAAUCAAACAAAACUAGUAAUGUGAUUAGAGAGACUGCUUCCCAUCCUCAUUGGUUUUUAUCAGGGAUUGCUUUUGGCAGCCUCAUGUUCCUCACUCUGUGGAUAUUUGGGGAGGUUUCCUUAAUUUCCAGAUGGGCAGUAAGUGGACAUCCACAUACAGGUCCAGAUCCUAAUCCAUAUGGAGGUACAGUUCUGUUGGGCCUUGCUCAUGGACUGAUGCUUUCAUUUUGGAGCUGGUUCUGUGGUUCCAAAAUAUGAAAAUUAAUGUGGUGGGUAAUACACCUGACUGAGACUUACUGUGUUCUUUUCUGUCCCUUCACAGGUUUGGCAUCUUCAGCUGGUCUCCUUUAUUUGCACACCUGGAGUGCUGCUGUUGCAGGCAACAUUCUUGGGAUCUUUACUAUGUGUGUGUGGCCGCAGCUAGCGGGACGCUUUGUUAGCUGUCCCCAUCCUGGGAAAGCCAUGAGCACAGCCAUGUUUGCCUACGUUCUUGAAUUGUUCUUCUGUGUGUGGUGUACAGCUUACAAAUUUGUACCUGGAGGAGUUUACAUUAGAGAAAGCUCCCAUCUCCUUCUAGGUUUUAUAAUGUUAUGUAUUGGGGUAGACUUUCUAACAGGACCCAAGAAAGACCUUAGCUCUGUCUUUGAAGUGAAAAGCAAUCAAAAACCAUUCUUCAAAAGGAGUAAAAACUAUAUUAAACUACUAUUGUGGCUGCUUGUUGGUGUUGGUUUGCUUGGAUUGGGUUUACGUUAUAAAACUUACCAGAAGAAGUUGGGCCAAGGGGUUCCAAAAAGAGAUUUCUCUGCUAUGAUCUGGCCUUUUAGAUUUGGAUAUGACAAUGAAGGAUGGUCUAAUUUGGAAGGAUCAGCUAAUUUGCUUAAUCAGACAGGAGCAGAUUUUAUCACUAUUAUAGAGAGUGAUGCCUCUAAACCAUUCAUUGGAAACCAUGAUCCAACUAUGUGGCUAGGAGAAAGACUGGGAUUUUAUACAGAUUUUGGUCCAAGCACAAGAGAUCACACCUGGGGGAUUAUGGCACUGUCCAGGUAUCCAAUUGUAAAAUCGACCCAUCACCUCCUUCCAUCUCCAGAGGGAGAGAUUGCACCUGCCAUCUCCCUGACUGUCAACUUCACAGGGAAGCUGGUCGAUUUUGUUGUUGCUCACUUUGGAAAUGAAGAAGAAGACUUGGACAGAAAACUCCAAGCAAUAGCUGUUUCGAACCUGCUGAAGACUAGCUCUAAGCAAGUUGUGUUUCUAGGAUACAUCACUUCAGCUCCUGGAUCCAGAGACUAUACUGAAUUAAUAAAAAAUGGAAAUGUGCAGGACAUUGACAGUACAGACCGGGACAGAUGGUGUAGCUAUAUUAUGUAUCGUGGAGUAAUAAGGCUGGGUUAUGCCCGCAUAUCUCAUGCUGGCUUAAGUGAUUCAGAAGUCCAGAUGGCCAAAUUUAGAAUCCCAGAUCAUGUGGAUAGCUAUGUUGACAAUGACAGAAUUGUCACUGAUCCCAGCCAGGUUCCUGAGGACAUCCAUUUCAAUCCCAGGUUUGGAUCUUAUAAAGAUGGACAUAAUUAUGUGCCUAUUCAUCACUUUCAUAUGAGCACACCUAAAUAUUUUAAACGGAAAAAUUAGAGCAAGAAAAUAAAACUAUUAUCCAGACCAACAAGAAAGGUUUGUUGCUUGAAACUGAA